AUGGCACCCAAGAAGAAGGGAAAUAAGCGUCAGGAGGAGGACUGGGAGGCCGAGAUGGGUGAAACCGCCCCUGCUGCUGAGUCCCCGACCACCGAGCAGCCUGCAGAGGACGGUGCUCCUGCGGAUGAGGAGGAGAUGGGCGGCGGCGGCGGCCUCCUCGCUGCGGUGAGGAGGAACAAAAACAAGAAGGCAAAGAAGGGCAAGCCCGUCAACGAUUUCGUUGAGGGCGAGGAUGCCGUCAACGACUUUGCCGGCAAGGAGCCCGAGGAGGGUACGUUUGACGACGAUGAUGUUUUCGCCGGCAAGAAGACGAAACCCAUCAAGGAUGUGCCUCCGCCACCUCCGCCUGCCGAGGGGGAGGGAGAGUUCCGCGUGAAGAGCAAGAAGGAGAAGGAGAAGGAGAAGAAGGAACGUGAGAAGCAGCGGAAGAAGGAGCAGGCUGCCACAAAGAAGAAGGCCGCUCCUGCUGAAGCCAAGGCCCAGCCGACCAAGGCUGCUGCCGAGCCUGAAAAGCCCGCCGCUGCCGAGCCAGCUCCUGCCGCAGAGUCAGCGGGUUCUAAGAAGAAGCUCAACCCUCGACUGGCGAUGCUUCAGAAGCAACAGGAGCUCCUCAGACAGCAGCGUGAAGAGGAAGAGCGAAUCCAGAGAGAAGCGGAAGAGGCCAAUGCGAAGAAGGAGGCUGAAGAGGCCGAGGAAGAGAAGAAGCGGGAGGAGGCUCGUCAGAAGAAGAAGGAGCGUGAGCGAGAGAAGAAGGAGGAGCUCCGCAGACAGGGCAAGCUGCUCACCAAGGCCCAGAAGGAACAGCAAGCAAAGAAUGAAUUGCGGAUGAAGCAGAUGCUUGCCGCUGGUGGCAAGGUCGCGGGUCUGGAGGGCGGAGCCGAGAAGAAACGCCCCAUCUAUGAUCAGAAGAAGAAGAAGAAGGGUGGCAAGAAGGAGGAAGACGAUCUUGAAGCCGCCGCCGCUCGCGCUCAGGCUCAGCGUGAGGCGGAAGAAGAGCGCCGAAAGAAGGAGGCCGAGGAGAAGGCCAAGGCUGAGGCUGCCGCCGCCGCCGCUGCUCCUGCGGAGGAUAGCGAUGGUAUCGACGACUGGGAGAAGGCUGCCGACAUGGACGACGACGUGAAGGACAGCUGGGAUGCUCCCUCGGAUGAAGAAGAAGAGCAGAAGCCCGCCGCCAAUGGUGAAGCCAAGGCUGAGGAAGAGUCUGAAGAGGAUUCCGAAGAGGAUUCCGAAGAGGAUUCCUCUGAGGACGAGGAGCAGUCUGCCGCUCAACGGGCCCUUGCGCAGAAGAAGGCAGAGGCCGCCGAACGGAAACGAGUCCAGCAUGAGGAGGCUUUGAAGGCUCGUUCCAAGGACAACCUGCGCUCUCCUAUCUGCUGUAUUCUUGGGCACGUCGAUACUGGAAAGACCAAGCUUCUCGACAAGAUCCGACAGACCAACGUGCAAGAAGGCGAAGCGGGUGGUAUCACGCAGCAGAUCGGUGCCACUUACUUCCCCGUGGAUGCUCUGAAGCAGAAAACGGCCGUGGUCAACCAGGACGGCAAGUUCGAAUUCAAGAUCCCCGGUCUGUUGAUUAUCGAUACUCCCGGUCACGAGUCUUUCUCCAACCUUCGGUCAAGAGGUUCGUCUCUUUGUAAUAUUGCUAUUCUGGUUGUCGAUAUCAUGCACGGCCUCGAGCCCCAGACUCUCGAGUCUAUGCGUCUUUUGCGUGACCGCAAGACUCCGUUCAUCGUUGCUCUGAACAAGAUUGAUCGUCUCUACGGCUGGAAGAAGAUCGACAACAACGGUUUUCAGGAGAGCUUGGCGAUGCAGAGCAAGGGCGUCCAGAACGAAUUCCGCACCCGUCUGGAGCAGACCAAGCUGGCUUUUGCCGAGCAGGGUUUCAACUCUGAGCUCUUCUUCGAGAACAAGUCGAUGGCUAAAUUCGUCUCCCUGGUGCCCACCUCCGCCCACACGGGUGAGGGUGUCCCCGAUAUGCUGAAGCUCUUGACCACCCUGACGCAGGAGCGCAUGACCAACGCGCUGAUGUAUCUGUCCGAGGUGGAGUGCACGGUUCUCGAGGUCAAGGUUAUCGAGGGUCUGGGUACUACCAUCGAUGUGGUUUUGUCCAACGGUGUCCUCCGUGAAGGUGAUCGGGUUGUGCUGUGUGGUCUGAACGGGCCUAUAGCUACCAAUAUUCGAGCACUCUUGACACCCGCGCCUCUGAAGGAACUGCGUCUGAAGUCGCAGUACGUCCACAACAAGGAGGUCAAAGCCGCUCUUGGUGUCAAGAUUGCUGCCAACGACCUGGAUAAUGCCAUCGCUGGCUCUCGUCUGAUGGUUGUCGGUCCGGAUGAUGACGAAGAGGACGUUAUGGAUGAAGUCAUGUCCGAUCUGGAAAAUCUGUUGAGCCGUGUCUCCACGGACCAGCGCGGUGUCACCGUCCAGGCAUCCACCCUGGGUUCGCUCGAGGCCCUUCUCGAGUUCCUGCGAGUCUCAAAGAUCCCCGUUGCCAAUAUCUCCAUCGGCCCAGUCUACAAGCGCGAUGUCAUGCAGGCAGGAACGAUGCUUGAAAAGUCCAAAGAAUACGCGGUCAUGCUGUGUUUCGAUGUCAGAGUUGACAAGGACGCUGCCGCCUACGCUGCGGAAAUUGGUGUCAAGAUCUUCACGGCCGACAUCAUUUAUCAUUUGUUCGAUGACUUCACUGCCCACAUGGCCCAGCUGACCGAGCAGCGGAAGGAAGAGAGCAAGCUUCUUGCUGUCUUCCCCUGUGUUAUCAAGCCUGUGGCUGUUUUCAACAAGAAGGACCCCAUCGUUAUUGGUGUCGACGUCGUCGAAGGCAGCCUGCGCAUGCACACCCCGCUGUGUGUCAUCAAGACCAAUGCUGCUGGUGUCAGGGAAGUGAUCGAUAUCGGCAGAGUAACUUCCAUCGAGCGAGACCACAAGGCCGUCCCAGUCUGCAAGAGAGGCCAGCCCUCUGUGGCCGUCAAGGUCGAGGGUCCCAAUCAGCCCAUGUACGGCCGCCAGAUCGAAGAGAAGGACCAACUGUACUCGAAAAUCUCGCGCGCCAGCAUCGAUACCCUCAAGGAGUUCUACCGGGCCGAGGUGUCCAUGGAAGAGUGGGGCCUGGUCAAGAAGCUCAAGCCUGUGUUCGAGAUUCCGUGA